AUGUCUGGACAAGCCUCAGCAGUACUCGCCAUUGCUAUGAUGACUGCGGGGUAUUUUGUCGUACUUUGUGCCACUCCCCCAAAUCCAACUCCAGAGAAGGAACAUCGACACACUAUAGAUCGCAUCAGCUUUGUUUCAGGAAAUUUCUCGACAUUCGCGCACGGAGUUUGCAUAUCUAUUGUCAUUUAUCAUGGGCUUCUGGUAGCAUUUGCCCAAUUCACCCCUGUUCGUAUGUCGCAAAGUUGUCCAUUAGCCCUGAAUAUCAACCCCGAGCUCUUCGCCUGGAAUCAUAUAUCGGUCACGGCGCUCCUUUUGAUUUACAUCGGCACAUAUGUGCGCCUCUCAGCUUACGGCUGUCUCGGAAAAUGCUUUACAUUCCAUCUUGCCCCGCCACCUCAUUUGGUGACUACGGGAAUCUAUAGCUGGAUUCAGCAUCCUAGCUAUACAGGACUAGCAAUGCUUUGCCUGGGCGGUGCAAUUUUAUUCCUUCGAUGGGAUGCAACCCCGGCCUGUUGGAUUCCAGAGAUGGUGUUAUCUCAACUGGAAGGAUUGGGGCUUGGCAUUAGCGUGGCUUUGAUGGGAGGUGUUUUCUGGAUUUUGGCUCUGAGAGUACGAGAUGAGGAGAACAUGCUGAGGCAAAAAUUUGGGAACACAUGGGAGGACUGGCAUCGCACAACGAAGAGAUUCAUUCCCGGCUUUUUUUGA